UCAUGAUGAUGAUUAGCUUAAAACAAGUUUUGAUAUUUGGUGUUGGGUUAGUGGCUGCCUUAGGUUUGUAUCACUUCAACCCCAAAAACACAAACCUGUUUUGGCCUCCAAACAACACCAAUAAUACAGACCAACUUAUUAGCGCCCCCAACCCCAAACCAGGUUAUGAUUACUUUUUGUUGGCCCUGCGACUACCAGCCGCUUUCUGCAACCUUCAGACUCAGCCGAGAAAGUGCAAUCCAGAUCCUCCACUUCCCGAACACCAAGAUAAGUUCACCAUUCAUGGACUUUGGCCUCAGUUGAAUAAUGCGAACCCUCCGUUAUAUUGUUCGCCGGCGCCGACCAUGCAAGAUAAUGAUCUUAAAGCGUUCGAGCAAGAUCUGCUUGAUUACUGGCCGGAUUUGUUUUCUGCUCAAAGCUUCCAAAGCAGCAAGGGUUUUUGGCUAAGGGAGUGGAACAAGCACGGAACAUGCUCUUCAAACAAGUUCAAUCCACAACCGUAUCUCGGAAUAACUCUCGGUCUUGCCAAACAACAUUCUAAAGGCAUCCUUGAUGGACUUAUCAAGAAAGGAGCAAUCAAACGAGAUGGAACAACUCUACUUGGGAAGGCGGCCAUAGAAAAAGCAGUUAAGGGUAUCACGGGUCAUAAUCCAGAAGCUAUCAUAGUUCAAAAGCUGCUUUGAUUGUUGAUUUGUGGCUCCUUAAGCUUUGUGGCCUGUUGGGCGCCGUCAAGUUUUCAAUAACGAGACCAUAAGACAGCUGGAUGAACGACACUUGUUUCUUAGUCCUCAAGUACCAUCUCAUUCAAAAGUCUUGAGUGUUUGAUUCCUGUAAUAAAGUACUUCUCCUGUGCUAAAUGUAAAACCCAACUUGUAGCGUAAUUUAUGACCCAAUCUCUAAUGUAAAUUAUAUUACAAAUUAGGUCUUAUAUUUAGAAUCAGAGAAGUAUCAUUUAAUAAUAGUGAUGUCUAUGUUUGACAUAAAACUGCC